GGUGGGGCCUGCCGGAGCUGCGCUGUCCACCCGCCGGAGCCGCGCUGGGGCCGGAGCCGCCGCUGCGGGAGGGAGGCAGCGCCAUGGCCGAGAGAUGUGACGUGGUCGUGGUCGGCGGCGGCAUCUCAGGUCUCUCGGCAGCCAAACUCCUGACUGAGUCAGGCUUGAAUGUGGUGCUACUGGAAGCCAGUGACAGGGUUGGAGGAAGAACUUUCACGCUAAGGAAUAAGCAAGUUAAAUAUGUGGACCUAGGAGGAGCAUACGUGGGACCAACACAAAAUCGUCUCCUGCGGUUAUCUAAAGAGUUAGGAAUAGAGACGUAUAAAGUGAAUGAAGCUGAACACCUGAUACACCAUGUCAAGGGUAAAUCUUACCCUUUUAAAGGUCCGUUCCCACCUAUGUGGAAUCCUUUGGCCUACCUGGACUACAACAACCUGUGGAGGACCAUGGAUGAAAUGGGAAAGGAGAUUCCCAAUGAAGCUCCAUGGAAGGCUCCACAUGCAGAAGAAUGGGACAAAAUGACUAUGCAAGACUUCAUAGAUAAAAUUUGCUGGACAAAGGCUGCCAAGAAUUUUGCAACUCUGUUUGUGAAUGUAGACGUCACUUCUGAACCCCACGAGGUCUCUGCUCUUUGGUUUUUGUGGUACGUGAAGCAGUGUGGGGGGACAGCCAGGAUAUUCUCAACAACCAAUGGAGGGCAGGAAAGAAAGUUUGUUGGAGGCGCUGGCCAAAUUAGUGAGAAAAUGAUGGAGCGACUGGGAGGCCGAGUGAAGCUAGGGAAGCCAGUAGUCCGCAUUGACCAGUCAGGAGAAAAUGUCACAGUGGAAACCUUAGAUCAUGAUUUAUAUGAGGGCAAAUAUGUGAUCAGUGCCAUUCCUCCAGCUCUUGGUUUGAAGAUUCAUUUCAACCCACCUUUGCCCCCAAUGAGAAAUCAGUUGAUCAACCGAAUCCCCAUGGGCUCAGUCAUCAAGUGCAUCGUGUACUAUAAGGAAACUUUCUGGAGGAAGAAGGAUUAUUGUGGUACCAUGAUCAUUGAAGAUGAGGAUGCUGCAAUUGGUCUGACGCUUGAUGAUACUAAGCCUGAUGGCAGCUUUCCUGCCAUAAUAGGCUUCAUUCUCGCUCGAAAGUGUAGAAGACUGAUGCACCUCACAAAAGAAGAAAGGAAGAAGAAGCUGUGUGAGCUCUAUGCAAGGGUCCUGGGAUCAGAGGAUGCUUUACAUCCAGUGCAUUAUGAAGAGAAGAACUGGUGUGAAGAGCAGUAUUCUGGAGGGUGCUACACAGCAUAUUUCCCACCAGGCAUAAUGACUCAGUAUGGAAGGAUUCUUCGGCAGCCCAUUGACAGGAUCUAUUUUGCUGGCACGGAGACAGCCACCGAGUGGAGCGGAUACAUGGAGGGGGCCAUACAGGCUGGAGAAAGAGCAGCCAGAGAGAUACUGUUUGCUAUGAAGAAAAUCCCAGACAGUGAAAUUUGGAAGCCAGAGCCUGCAUCAGCUGAUGUGCCAGCUCUGCCCAUCACUACAACCUUUUGGGAGAGGAACUUGCCAUCUAUACCAGGACUGCUAAAGCUGAUUGGAUUUGCCACUUUCUUCACCUCUGUGGCAGCUGCAGGGCUAUUUGCAUACAAAAAAGGAUUUCUGGUUCGAAACUGAAAAAGGUGCCAAAAAAAGCCUCACACUUGCUGUUUUCUUUUUUUUCGAGUUUUUUUUGGCAUGUACUUCCCUAUCUCCAGAAUCAGAUCAUGACUGGAGAAGAGGAGAAAACAGUAGAGAGAAGAUGCUAGAAGGGAGGUGUAAAUAAAGGGGAUUCAGACCAAAAAAGAACUCCUUGAAUCCAGGCCUACUUCUAGCAGUAAUUUUUUGUUAUUGGAUUUCUAGAAAACCCUGUCAAGCAUUAUCACCGUAAGGUUUUUAAUCCGUACUUCAGAACAGAAGUGACAAAAUACCUCAAUAAAGCCAGUUCUGAUGUGAUUUCCAGUCAUUUUUACUCUUGCAUCAAAACCAGACCCUGGAGUCCAAGUCUUCAUAGGCACGUCCAUCUCUAGCUGUAUUUCUGCCCAUUGUCUCUGACUGAGAAAAGAAAUUCAUAGCUUAAAGAAUAAUGGAUUAGUUCAUGCAAGUUGCUGGUGGGAAUCUUUCAGUUAAUUUUUUUCCCAAAUGUCUGAAGCCCAGGCAGCACUUAAAGAACAGGUCAGGAUACCGUUUGAAAUGGUGGUCUAAAUUUAUCUGUCUAAACUGUGCAAGUAUGCCCAUAGUUUAUUAGCAUCUCCAAUGACAUAGUUGUCCCACAGUGAGUUAAAGACAAUGUCUUUGCUACCUUUGGCAAUGGAGUUGAAUUUCAGGAUCCCCAGCUGUGCUCACACUGCCUGCAAGGGCAGAGCUCGUGUGUCCCUGUGUGGGAUCAGAUCUCGCCUGCCGAGAAAACUGGCAGGCUCCAGACCACAGCCAAUGUGUAAAGCAAUACAGCUGAGCACGGUGUUGGGCUUGAGUGUGAACUGGGAGCUGUGUGUUAAUAUGAGGGUACAGAUGUAGCCUUUGGAGCAUUUUUCACCAUGUCUAGUGCCUCUAUGGUUCCAUGGUUUUACCUGCCUAAGUUGUGCAAGAUAUCAAGGGAACAAAUUAACCUCUGCCUGUCCCAGGAAGCUGUAAAGUAGGCCAUAAAAGCUCUUUUACAUCAUUUUCUUAUCUCCUUCCUUCCUUCAUCAACUUAGAUUUAGACUUUGAACAUCUUGAGGCAGGGGCUGUCUCUUGUCUGGUAGGGUACAAUGGGCUUGAAAAUGUAGCUUUAGCUUAAUAAAUAGAAACUUUAUCUGUGUCUCAGCGCUUGCUUCAUGCUGAACAGACCUUAAUUCAGAACUUGAUUUAAUUCAGCUUAAUUCAGAACUUCAGUCUUUCCUAACAACAAGAUCAAUGUGAUUAGCACUUCCAGUUCAGCCUGCUAUGCAGUGUUGUACUGACUGUGCACUUUUGGUAGCCAAUCAAGGGUAUAAAUGACAGGGAGUUCAAACGGCACCAUAGAUAAGAUAGUCCUCUACAGCUGUUUCUGCCUUCCCUUGUUUAGUACCUUUCAAAUGGUGUAAACCAGCAAAAAAAAAUCCCCCAAAACCUUAGGUGCCUGCCUGCAAGCAUCACAGUACCUUUUUCUAGAUUAUUCUGCUGUUUUAUAUCUGUGCAAGACACAACAGGAAGUCACAGGUAUAACUGAGGGCAGGAUUUGGUUCAGUGCACAUGGAGUUUGAGAACAUUUACGAAGCUGGAAUUUUCCUGAGUCCGUCUGCUGCAAUUCUCCCUUUAGCCAGUGAUGAUUUAUAUGUAAAGAAAUUACAUUGCAUUAAAAAAAAAGCAUGGAGGGAAGUGUAAUAACAAUAUAUUCAGUGACUGGGGUGAGCAGACGGUAGAGGAAUUGUAUCAUCACUCUCAUGCAGACUUUUUGGGCUGAUAUCCUUGUUCAUGCUGAGUAGCACUUUACUUUCCAAAUGAUCCCAUGGAAAUCCACUAAACUACUUAAAGCUGUAAUAUUUGUGAGUAGCGCAUCAGGUUCUGGCCCUUAGACUUUGUUCUUUUAAACUUGAUGUGCCAGUUAAAAAUCUUUUUGUAGCAGCAGUUUGGAUUUUACCAUAAAAGAGUAUCCUCAUAACAGCCUUUUAAAAUGCAUCAGGGAACUUUUCAGACAUAAAGAUCCUUAAGUCAGAAGAACAGUGCAGUACUGUACAUAUGGCCUUUCUUAUUAUAUCACACAGAGCAGUAAUUGGCUAGGACAUUUGUCUACUCCAAAGUACAUCUAAAGUACUUCUAUGUGGGCUUUCUCUCUAUGAUUUAUUUACUGAAAGAAUUAAGAACCCAAAGCUGAAUAGGAACUGUACAAGCUCAGAGCUUUUGCAGCUUAGAUAAUUCUCAGGCCAAAAAAUAGACAUAAGAAGCUAAAUUUGGGAAGAUGUUUUUAAAGUCUUGGUCUAGUAUUUGUAAGUUUUAGACAGUGAAUACAUACUUAUGUAAUACAUACAUACAAAGAACUGCUGCAUUUGCAGAAUGACUUCCCUGCCAAAACUACUUGAAAUUCAAGUCCCACUUCUGCCCUAGAAAUACUCUGCAGAUCUGGAAAGGGGAGCAAACCCUUGAUAAAGACAGAUUGCUUUUAUUCAUGUACAAAAUGUAUCUGUCUGUCUUUUUUGCUCCUGAAUCUGGAAGACUUUUUUCCUAGUCCAACAAGAAAAUGCUCUGUGCCACAGGAGCAGAAAACCCAAGGAAAAACAGAAUUUAGGCACAGCUGGCACUAAUCUGAAUCAUAACCAGAGCUUUUCAUGAGGUUGGUCAAUUUUUAAAAAGAUGUGUGUAUAGAUAUAAACCUUUCUUAGUUUCAAAGUGAAACAAAAUGGAAAAAGAAAAGCCCAUGAAGAAAGCAUUUCUUAUGCUAUCUGCCACAAAUAAAAGUAGGGGCUGCCUGAAAUCCCAAAUUAAAUUUGGAUCCCCUGAGAUUUCUAACCAAGUGUUAUGGAUCUUAGAGGUCUGAAUGCCACUUCUGUAAAAACACUCAAAAGUUUUCAAUUGUGCCCUAUUCAUAAUUUAUUAACAUGUUUGAUGAGAAAUCCACCAUCAUGAAAAAAUCCAGCAGUUUUCCAACUUCAUAAAAUGCAUUAUAGAAACAACCAUGAAAAUAAUCAUGUUUUUCUCUUAUGAAGUGAUUUGUGUAAUCAUGUAUAUUCUUUAAGGAUCUUAGUUUGCUAUAAAAGGUUGUUCACUUGCUUGUAUACUGUUCCAAUAGCAAUUAUAUGUUGCAGAAAAUGUCAGGUCAUGGUGUGAAAAUCUGUGUUAACCAAAGUACUUGAAAGCUACCUGUAUAAACUACUCAACAGUAUCAAGGGAGGGAACUGUUUGAAUCAGCCCCAUGCCUUUCCUUAAAUGGUACAUUUUUUUCUCAAUGCAGAUCUUGAUUCCAAAUAGCACAUCUGCUGUCAAUAAGACAAAGACAUUAAUGACACUUAAAUGUAUGUCUUAGCAUUGUCCAUAAUUGGAACCCAAUGCCUGGAUGAGAAGCAAGAGGCUUUUAUUGAAAUAAUCUUGUUGCUCCUUCAGUGGGACUAUGAUUUCACUUAGGUAAGCUUUAUAAAAGUACAAACCUGUAAGGUUUUUUUUUUUUUUUUUGAGAUAUGAAAGAAAAAUAUUUUUGAAGAAGGAGGAGUUCUAUGUCCUACCGGACUACUUUGGUGCAAAAGGGAGCCAGAAUUAAAUGACAACAGAACUGCCAGUACUCUCAGAAAAGAAUCAAACGCACUUAAAAUUCAGAUUACAAGUGCCCACGAAUACACCUUUAAACAAACUAACAUUCCCUUUUACAUCUCCACCUUAAGAACACCUUGAUCUCACAGUCUGUUCUUCAAUAGAGAUAAAAACGAGAUGGCCAAAGUGAUCCUGCUUUCAAAGUAUCUCUGCAGUGGAAUCAUUUUUGCGUUGUCAUAGACUGCAGCUUAUAGUGUGUCUCCUGUGAACAAGUACAGGUCAGUGUUAAGUGGUGCCUGCCUCUGUGUUUUGGAAAAAAAAGUGACUUCACUUUACAGGAAUAUAUAUUCUGUGUGCGUGAUGAGUUUGUGCCUUUUAUAACUGUAGCAUUUUCUCAAGUGCCUCUGUGGUGACUGUCUCCCUUGGUUUUCUUCUUAAGUUCCCUUUUCAAUAGGCUCUGCAGAUAUUUUUAUCUGACAGCUGUGAACCUUUUUUUAACCUUAAUUAGAAUUAAUAAAUAUCGUCACGUCA